UACGCAUGCGCAGACGCACUGACUCGACAUCAACAUGGCGUUGGCAAAGUCCGUGUAUAAUGUGCUCUUCAGGAGAACGUCCACUUUCGCCAUAACCAUCAUAGUUGGCGCUGUCUUCUUCGAGCGAGUAUUCGACCAAGGUGGCGACGCAAUCUUUGAGCAAAUGAAUCGCGGGAAACUAUGGAAACACAUCAAACACAACUACGAGAACAAGGACGAGUAAAUGUGGACGCCGGUUUCCAGAGGUUGCAGUUGGAGCCUGUUGUCAUCAUCCUGCCUGGACUCCAUUCACAACGCCGACGCAAACAACAACAAACACGGACUUAAUGUGCUUCAAAUUGGGCCCAAAGUGUGUGCAGACCACCGCCAAGAUGGCGCAGUGGACCCCCGUCACGUCAAUCUUCCUGUUCCUGUCAUUUGUUGUCACCUUGCGUAUUGUAAAUGAUUAAAUUAAACGUGUUGAUGUGUGACAAAUUGUGCUUUGUUUGCUUUUGCAGUUGACGUCCGUGUUUCCCUACCUUUAGUGAGCCAAGGCACAUAUUUUGCACGAGGAAAAUGGUGAAGCACAGAUAGUUGUACAAAGACACAUGAUUAGUAGUAAAUGAUUUUCAGACCCAUUUACGUGAAAUUGGAUUAAGUCUGUAGCAUAUUGGUGGGGAAUCACUUAUUUUUUGUGCUAUUUCUAUUUCUUGCUCUAAAUCGUUUGAACGCUUGUAUUAGUAUUACCGCACUACACAUUCAGAAUCAUCUUUAUUUGCCAAGUAUGUCCAAAAAACACACAAGGAAUUUGUCUCCAGUAGUCGGAGCCGCUCUAGUACGACAACAGUCAGUCACUUGACAGAGAACACUUUGGAGACAUAAAGACAUUGAUAAAAACAGUCACUGAGCAAUAAAGGGUUGCUAGUUCUCUGGUAAUGCCGGUAAAAAAAAUAAUUUGACAAUUAACUUGCUAAUGAUGCUGUACUUUUGUGUUUAUAUCCUAGAUCUGUAUUUUGUUAUCCUGGCUUGUUUGUUGUCGUACAAGAAUUUGGCUCCAACCACUGGAGACAAAUUCUGUGGGCCAAUUAAAUCUUACCUGAGUUGAUUGAUUCCGAAGUGUAUCAUACUAAAACUAAUAAAUUUUACCUCUGUUACCAAUGA